GAAUAGAAAGGUAUUUCAGUAAUCCCUUAAGAUCUCAGCACAGGUAACGUAAUAGACAUAUCUCAUUCCAUCUGUAAAACAACACAGGUCAGGUAUCUAACUAACACUAACACAGCAGUGAUUCAGUCAGUCACAUGACACAGAACCGCCUCUGGAAGGCUGGACUUCAGACAAAUUCAAACUAUGAACAACGCCAGUGAUUAAUCCCCAACCACACACAUUCACAUACACACAUUUACAUACACAUAUCGAUUAAUCCUCCUGUGCAGAAUGGCCAGUGACGACCCAUAUGCGCUUUAUCAUGGACUUUUUCUCCCAAAGAUUGCACACACUGAGGACAGCCUCAAAUAUUUCGAGUCGUUUAAAUUCCAGGACAACGACGUGAUUGCAGUUACAUAUCCCAAGUCUGGUACAACUUGGAUGCAAGAAAUUCUUCCCUUGCUCCUGAAUGGAGGGGAUUUAACUUCAGUACUGACCAUUCCAAACUGGGACAGAGUACCAUGGCUUGAGGAGACACAUGCUGCUAAAGUUAUGGACAAGCUGACUGCUCCACGUGCCUUUGUUACCCAUAUGCCUUAUAACCUGAUGCCUUCUACUUUCUUUUCCUCUGCGGCUAAGGUCAUUUAUAUUUCACGAAACCCAAAAGAUAUCGUGGUUUCUUCAUUCCAUUUUCAUAGAAUGGCCAGUUUUCUGCGUGACCCAGGAACAUUUGAAGAAUUUGUUGACAAAUUCCUAGCAGGGGAAGUGAUCUUCGGAAAGUGGACAGAUCAUGUGAAGUGCUGGAAUAACACAGAUUUAGGAGACAGAAUUCUCUACAUCACGUAUGAGGAAAUGAUCCAGGAUCUGCACGGAGCUCUCGAACGCAUUUUGCACUUUCUUGGUAAGCACAUGAGCAAAGAUGUUCUGAAACGCGUGUGUGAACACUGUGAGUUCAAAUCCAUGAAGCAAAACAACAUGUCCAACUACUCACUGGUGCCGCAGACAAUAAUGGACAACGAGAAAUCUUCUUUUCUCAGAAAAGGCAUAGUUGGAGAUUGGAAGAAUUAUUUCAGCCCAGAGUUGGAGUUGAAAUUCAAUGCGUCCAUUUCAGAAGGACUGAAGGGAACGGACAUCGCUUUCCCCUGGGAUGAAAAAGACAAAUUAAAUCCCACUUCUUAAAAUAAUAAAAUAAUGAUUGUAUUAUAACAUAAUAUAGCAAAUAUACAUAUUUUUAGGAUGUUUAAAAUGGGCAAAAAAGUAGCUGAACCUUAUAAUAAGAUACAAUAGCUAAAUUACAGUUAACUGUGCUAACUUUUGCAAGUCACAAAUUAUUCUAACAGUAUAGAAAUUAUUAAAAGUUAUUAACACCAACAGGCACAUUUUUUUACAACUUGGCCAUUUUGUGGCAAAAGUGAGAAUACAGAAGCAUCCAGAUGCACAGAUCAUUGCUUUUUAUAGGUCAGUGGUUAUAAAAUACAUAAAUAGUUCUCUUGCACAACAACACUUUUAAAGCUAAUUAUUAAAUAAGUACAAAAAGGUCAGCUCACUGACAAUUCCAUUGUUUUUGUUUUGUGAAUAGAACGAUAUUUCUAAAACAAAAUUUCAGAAUUAUUAUUAACACAUAUACAUUGUGACUGAAUAUGAUAAAUCUAAUGAAAUCUGUAAAAAAAAAAAAAGAAAAAAGCAUUA